GUCGGCGGCCGCCGAGCGCAACAAGGAGCCCAUCCUGCGCGUGCUCCGGCAGUACGUGGACCCGGCCCGGCCGGCGCGAGUGCUCGAGGUGGCCUCAGGCUCCGGCCAGCACGCCGCGCACUUCGCGCAGGCCUUCCCGCACGCCGAAUGGCAGCCGUCAGAAGUGGACCAGCGCUGCCUGGACAGGUGCGGCGGCACGGCGCUGGGAGAACCGCCCUUGCUCAGUCAGGGUCGCUGCCCGGUCGUCUCCUGCGGCUUCCCGGGCCCAGGCAGGUGGCAAGCAUUGCAGCCAUCACUCGAGCCCAGGGCCUAUCCAACGUCAAAGCCCCACUGUACCUGGAUGUGACCUGGGAGUGGGAGCACUGGGGUGGGAUCCUGCCGCAGUCGCUGGACCUGCUGCUCUGCAUCAACAUGAUUCACAUCAGUCCCCUGAGCUGCACCAAGGGGCUUUUCAGAGCAGCCGGACACCUGCUCAAACCCAGUGCUCUGCUCAUCACCUAUGGGCCCUUUGCAGUCAACGGCAAGAUCUUUCCUCAGAGCAAUGUGGACUUUGACCAGGCUCUCAGAAGCAGGAACCCUCAGUGGGGUCUGCGGGACACAGCUAUCUUGGAGGAGCUGGGCUGGUCAAAUGGCUUGCUUCUGGAAAAGAUGGUGGACAUGCCAGCCAACAACAAGUGCCUGAUUUUCCGGAAAGAGUAACCCUCUCCUUCAUCCUGCAGCUCUGCUGAAGGCUUUGUUGGGUGUAACUAGACCCCAGGCUUUGCUUCCCUGGCCUUGGGAAUAACCAGCCUCACUGGGCUCUUGGCCAAUGGCCAUAGGGCUGCCAGAUCCUGGGCCCAGUGGACCUUUGAAUAAAGCAUUUCCUGCUACCCCA